UCCAGGAUCGUGGAGGUCCCGAGAGUUGUUUAAUGGGGCACGCAACUAACCCCUAAAACAAAAGCAAAAAAAUGAAGUUUUUAGUGAGUUUUUGGGUGUUUUUGGUGAGUGGUUCCUGUGAGGCACAAAGGGACAGAGAUUGGUCCCCAAACCCGACUACUUUCAACAUCGGUGGGGUGCUGAGCAGCAACGAUAGCAAGGCCUUGUUUAAGGAAACCAUCGAUCAUCUGAAUUUCGACUCUAGUUUCGUUCCCAAGGGGGUGACUUACUAUAACACGGCCAUUUUAAUGGAUCCCAACCCCAUCAGGACGGCCCUUAACGUUUGUAAAUAUUUAAUUUCCAAACAGGUGUAUGCAGUGGUUGUUUCUCAUCCUCUAACUGGGGACCUUUCACCGGCCGCGGUGUCUUAUACAAGCGGUUUUUAUCAUAUUCCGGUAAUUGGGAUUUCUUCGAGGGAUUCAGCGUUCUCUGAUAAGAACAUCCACGUGUCGUUCCUGAGAACGGUGCCGCCGUACUCCCACCAGGCGGACGUCUGGGUGGAAAUGCUGAAACAUUUCAACUACAAAAAGGUGAUUUUCAUCCACAGUUCGGAUACGGACGGCAGAGCGCUCCUCGGCCGUUUCCAGACGACCUCCCAAAGUCUGGAAGACGACAUCGAGAUCAAAGUCCAAGUGGAAACGGUUAUCGAGUUCGAGGCGGGCCUGGAGAGUUUUAGGGAGCAACUGAACGAGAUGAAAAACGCCCAGGCGAGGGUCUAUUUGAUGUAUGCCAAUAAGCACGAUGCCAAAGUGAUCUUUAGGGACGCGGCUGAGUUAAAUAUGACCGACUCGGGAUACGCUUGGGUGGUGACCGAGCAGGCGCUGGAAGCUGACAACGUUCCCGAAGGGAUUUUGGGGCUGAAACUUGUGAACGCCACCAAUGAGAAGGCUCACAUUAGAGACAGCAUCUACGUACUGGCCUCCGCCCUACGAGACAUGAACCAAAGCAAAGAAAUCACCGAGGCCCCCAAAGACUGCGACAAUUCCGGAUCGAUUUGGGAAACUGGCAAGGACCUAUUCAGCUUCAUCAGGAAACAAGUGCUAAUCAACGGGGAAACUGGAAAAGUCGCUUUUGACGACCAAGGGGACCGCAUCAACGCCGAGUAUAACAUCGUAAACAUCCAGAGGCAGAGGAAAAAGGUGGUGGUGGGCAAACACUUCUUCAACAGGAAAACCAACAAAAUGCACCUGACGGUGGAGGAGAGGCUGAUAAUGUGGCCGGGGCGAAAGCACGUGAAACCCGAAGGAUUCAUGAUCCCCACCCACCUAAAAGUCCUAACGAUCGAGGAAAAACCGUUUGUUUACGUGCGAAAACUGGAGGGUCUUGGCACGUGCGAAACCGACGAGAUCCCUUGUCCCCAUUUUAACGAGACGCACGACGUUACAGGCAAAUAUUGUUGCAAAGGCUACUGCAUGGAUCUCCUCAAAGAACUAUCCAAGAAAAUCAACUUCACUUAUAGUCUAGCCCUAUCGCCGGACGGCCAGUUUGGCAACUACGCCUUACGUACCAACGGUACCGGCAAAAAGGAAUGGAACGGUCUGAUUGGCGAGCUGGUGCACGAGAGGGCCGACAUGAUCGUCGCCCCGUUAACCAUCAACCCCGAACGGGCCGAAUUCAUCGAGUUCAGUAAACCGUUCAAGUACCAAGGGAUCACCAUCCUGGAAAAGAAACCGUCGCGAUCCUCCACUUUGGUGUCGUUCUUGCAACCGUUCAGCAACACCUUAUGGAUUUUGGUGAUGGUGUCGGUACACGUGGUGGCUCUGGUGCUGUAUCUGCUCGAUCGAUUUUCACCCUUUGGCAGGUACAAGAUGGCGAACACCGACGGUACCGAGGAGGACGCCCUGAACCUCUCCAGCGCCAUCUGGUUCGCUUGGGGCGUACUGUUGAACAGCGGGAUCGGCGAGGGUACUCCGCGCAGCUUUUCGGCUCGGGUCUUGGGGAUGGUGUGGGCGGGCUUCGCCAUGAUUAUUGUCGCCUCGUAUACGGCCAAUUUGGCCGCUUUUCUUGUGCUAGAACGACCCAAAACGAAACUUACCGGGAUUAAUGAUGCCAGGCUGAGGAACACCAUGGAAAACUUGACUUGUGCUACAGUGAAAGGGUCUGCUGUAGACAUGUACUUUCGUAGGCAAGUGGAGCUGUCUAACAUGUACAGGACCAUGGAGGCUAAUAACUACGAUACCGCCGAGCGAGCUAUAGCUGACGUCAAAGCUGGUAAUUUAAUGGCGUUUAUAUGGGACAGCUCUCGUCUGGAAUUCGAGGCGGCACAGGACUGCGAACUGGUAACCGCCGGAGAGCUGUUUGGCCGCUCCGGAUACGGCAUAGGGCUCCAAAAAGGCUCCCCGUGGUCCGACGAUAUCACCUUGGCCAUUUUGGACUUUCACGAGAGUGGUUUCAUGGAGAGUCUGGAUAACAAGUGGAUCCUCCAAGGGAACACGCAGCAAUGCGAACAGUUCGAGAAAACGCCGAACACCUUGGGGCUGAAGAAUAUGGCGGGGGUGUUCAUUCUGGUGGGGGCGGGCAUCAUUGGGGGCAUGGGUCUGAUCGUGAUCGAAAUGGUUUACAAGAAGCACCAGAUGAAGAAACAAAAGAGGAUGGAGUUGGCGCGACACGCGGCCGAUAAGUGGCGGGGAUGCGUCGAGAAACGUAAGACCCUACGCGCAUCCUCCCUGCCCCAAAGACGAAUUAAAUCUAACGGUGUAAACGAACCCGUGACCAUAUCACAUGUGGUGGACAAAUUUCAUCGUAUAGGCCAGAUAAGUGGACCGGAAAGGGCGUGGCCCGGCGACACGGACAUCCGCCACCGCAGCAGGGUGGAGGAGGGCGCCGGUAUCCAGCCCAUUCCCAGAUAUUUACCCGGAUAUACAUGGGAUGUGUCCCAUUUAGUUGUUUAAGCUUUAGGAUCUAUAAAUGUUUAUUAUAUGCUGUUUUAGAUGCCUCUCACUAUUAUAAUAGGCUCAAGGGCGUUUUAUUUAUGUAUAUUUUUUUAGGGAAAUAUAUAGAACGUUUUAAUUAUUACUA